UCUAGUCACCCAUAAGAGACAGCAAACCUCUUGCCAUUGGCAGGAGACGCUUCUCAGGAAAGAACAGGCAGAGGGUCUGGGUAGGUGUUGGGACAUGCAUCCUCUCACCCUUUUCCUCUUGGCAUCCUGUUUGCCCAACGUUCAGCUGAUGGAGGACCUGAAGGCACUGGAGGAAUUUGUGAACCGCCCUGACCCUCACUAUAAAUAUACCUUUGUGAAGACAAAGAUGCUUCCCUUUUGGAGCGACGUUACCUUCCAACACUCUAUCAACAUGACUUCACAGAAGUGGCUGGACGAAACUGAAGUGGACAAACCGGUUUGGUCACAUGUACUGGAUAUAAUUAUUCCCAAAAGAACUAAAAUUGGGGCAUCCUGCCUCUUGAUAAUCAAUUCCGGGAAAACUGCAGCAUCGGAAACAAUCCUGAAUGAUAAAGGAAACCUUAAACUUGCAUAUUUAUCAGUUACAACUAAAUCGGCCGUGGCUGUGCUGAACACGGUUCCCGUCCAGCCACUCACCUUCUACAACCACCCUUUAGGCUGGAAGAAUAUUAAAGAAUAUGAUAUAAUGGCAUAUUCAUGGUGGAGGUUUAUCAAUGACUCUUCUGUACCACCAGAGUGGCUCGUGCAAUUCCCGAUGGUCAAGGCCACUGUGAGAGCCAUGGACACUGUCACCGACUACAUGAUGGAAACAUAUCAGAAAAAUAUUACCGAGUUCACAUUGAUAGGUGUUGUCAUGAACGGAUGGACCACUUGGCUGACUGCAGCCGUUGACAAGAGGGUUGCUGCCAUUAUUCCCAUUGCCAUGGAUUUUUUGAACUUCACCGAGAAUUUCCUCCACCAAUACCGAGCAUAUUGCGGCUGGUCUUACGGGCUGAAACCUUUCCAUGACAUGAAUAUAAUGCAGAAGAUGGACAAUUCCCGCUUCUCUCUUCUGGCUUCACUCCUGGACCCCCUGAGUUACAAUGAACAAUACACAAACAUAUCCAAAUUAAUAAUUGUUGUAUCAGGGGAAGAAGUCUUUCUGCCCGACAACUCUCGUUAUUACAUUAAUCAACUAGAGGGCCCGAACCUUCUCAACAUCAUCCCAAAUUCUGAUUUCAGAUUUCAGGGUACCGAUAAAACAAUAAUGAAUCCAAUCACUAGUUUCCAAUAUCGCAUAGCAAAUGAUUACCCACUUCCCACAGUUUCCUGGCAGAUAACAACGACAAAUAUGACCAAAAUCAUCCAUUUCCGGGCAAAGUCAGACCCCAAAGAUGUUUUUUGUUACUAUGCUGACACAGUUGGUGAUACCAGCCCCGGUGCAAACAGUGGGAAAUCGGGAGGAUGCCGCACGGAGAAGACGGACAUGAGGGCAGAUUUUCAGCUGAUGGACCUGAAGGCACUGGAUGAAUUUGUGAAUCUCCCUGGCCCUCACUAUGGAUAUCCCUUUGUGAAGAAGCAGCGAGAGUACUUCCAAGCAGAUAAUAUCUUCAUUCAUACCCUCAAUAUGACUUCGCAGAAGUGGCUGGAUGGGAAGUAG